UGUUAUGGCGCUCACAUGUCUCGUCCUUGUAGAAAUGCAGCUCUGAUGUCUAGUGCGUGUGAAUUAAAGUGCAUAGAAUUUAUAGAAUUUUAAUUUAGUUUUAAAGCUUUUACGUUUGAAACGUAGAUCACUAACGUGUUAUGUCGUAUUCUGUAAAAAGGGUUUGAGUUUGUUAGCAUUGCAGCUAACAGCAGUUCAGUUUGUUUACUUUAAACUCGACCCCAUUGUGGUGGUGACGUCAUUGACGUGUGUUUAUCACUCAAGUGUUUCAUCUGAUCUCCUGCUUAACAUAGAAAUAAGUUGAUUUAAUAUCCCACUGUCCAGCAGAAGGGUUUAAUGGCUUCUCGUGUGUUAAAGAUCUCAGUCCUGGUGCAGAGAUUUCGGACUCCACUUCUUCUUGUUGGUUGUGGAAGUGUUUUCACAGUGAACAUUUUCUACCAUGUCUUUCCAGGAAACACUUACCGUAAGCUCUACCAAGCCUGGAGCAAAGGAGAGCCAUGCACUUUAUCAGAAAAGCUGGAGAUUGUGUUCCAGCAGGUUCUGAAGGACUCAGCGGUCGGUUCUUCUGAGAACUACACGGCUUUCGCAGCUUACGGUUUUCAUCCGGUUGGUGCCGGGAUCCCGUGGCUUCCCUCCGGGGCACAGGUCGGCAUCCCGUCCAACUUUAACAGCACCCUGGGUGAUCUGUCAGGAAUCACUAACCGCACCAUUCUCAUCAACGGUAAAGAAGUGGAUUGGGACAGUGAGACGGGCAGCACACUGAAAAAUGCCCUGGUGUUGUCUGAAGAUGCGCAGAAGUUUGCCAUGGCACGCGAGGUGGCCCGGUUAGAGAGUGCUGGCCCGGUGCUGCAUGCUGCAGUGGCUCCCACCUGCCUGGCUGGAGCCUGGAUUUACAGCGUGGCUCUCAAACAGAUGUUUAGACUCUUUGCCGGAUCCGUCAUCCUCAGGGCCGGAGUUAACACGCUCGCUCUGGGUCUGGGAGCUCUGUCGUACUUUUUAGCGUCUGACGCCGUGAACCAGUGGCUGGAGUUCCACUCGGACCGGCGGGCCGCCAGUUUGUCCCACAGCUACACAAAGGGAGGAGUUGAGUUCUAUGAGAAGAUUCUGGAGAGGAAUAAGACCCUGCGUGUUCUGAUGGGGCCCAAAGGGGAGGAGAUGUACACACCAAGUGGCAAUCUGUUCCCUGCCAGCCUGCUGAGUAUGAAGCACGCACCGUACACGUCGAGACGAGACGCAAUCCUGAAUCUACUGAAAGAGGAGAAAGUCUUGAAUCCAGGACGUGUUGAUUCCCAGGGACACUGAAGAACCAGAGAACCCUCAGAGAACCACUUUGGGAGAACAUAAAGAGCUGGUCAUGGGGAUUCUGAAUAAAGACAGAAACUUCCUAUUUCUGGAAGUUUCCUCUGCAAAAAUAGUAACGACAUCCCGAAAUAACUUUGAGUGUUCCUGUUUUUCUUCUUCCACCUCCUUGGUGUGUGAUUCAUCUAAAUAUAACUGUUCAUUUAUUAGCAACAAAUACACUUGGGAUUGAGGUCAAAAGUUUUCAUUUCCUCAUAUCUACAUGUAGAUGUGUUUGCUUGACCCCACACGUGACAGGCGUGUAAGUUAGAUCGACGGUUUGAACCAUUAACAGCUCCGAAGGUCUGUUGGUUUAAGCUGAAGAUUGUUAGAAAAUAAAAGGGGGCAUGUCAUAGCCUAGUGGUUAAGGUGUUGGGCUACCAAUCGGAAGGUUGUGAGUUCGAUCCCAGGUCCACCAAGCUGCCACUGUUGGGCCCCUGAGCAAGGCCCUUAACCCUCAAUUGCUCAGCUGUAUAAAAAAAAAAAAAAAAAUGGAAGUCGCUCUGGAUAAGUGUGUCUGCUAAAUGCUGAAUAAACUGUCAUGAAGACCAGAGAGCUGAGAAAAGGGAGAAAAUCAGAUGGAUCACACGGCAAUACAGAAAUUUGGAAUGUCCAGAAGGAAAAAAAAUGCAGACAUCCAUCAGAUUUGGCAAGAAAAACAACAGCAAUUACUGACCGAAACACUGAGAUCUAUGAAGAAAAACCCCAAAACUACAGGCAGUAACAUCACCAACAUGGAAACGGUGACCAUGUCAUAGUUUAGCAUUUAAAGAAGAUUUUGAGAGGAUAAAUAUACCACAGGACAAAAUACCCAAACCACUCACUACUCACUACUGAUAUGUGUGCUGUAAAUGUAUUUAUUUAUUUAUUUGUGAUGUGCAUAAACAUCAUGUAAACCUGAAUAAAGGGAUGGACUACUGAGUUAUCAUACUAUAUAUGUUAAAGAGUGCAAUUACAUUUUGGCCACUAGAUGUCGCUGUAUCUCUACACACAAUAUUCACACCGUGUCUGAUUGACAGGUGAAUUCGGGUCAAAUGGACAGUUUAAAUGUGUAUGAUUUCUUUUCUGCUCUAAUAAGUGAUAAACAAAACGUAUAUUAAUGAGCACUAAUGAAGGAAAUUGUACUGCUUUGUUUAUAUAAUAUUUGAAUGUUAAUCCUCGACCAGCUCUUAUUGAAAUCUGAUUUAUUAAUGUUUAUAAUUGUGUCAUUGAGGAUGAAAUUCAACACGAUGCUGUUUCAUCUCAUACUAGUGUUCACUCCUGAUAAAAGAGUACACACCUUCACACACACAUACACACCUAGGGGCAGUUAAGUGUAAACAAUCCUCC